AUGUAUAUUAUUCAAUCACCUGUGGAAUUGUCUUAUUUAGCAUACUAUAGCCCCAAGGAGGGCGGGCAAGAGCACAAUGGCAUUUCGACAAUUCAAUCAGGCUGUCGGACCACAACUGGCCAGUGUUUGCACCGGCCGUUGAUGUCCACAAUCCACACUACCAACUAUCAAACAUACUAUGUGAGGUUUCAAGUUCAUUUUAGUAACUCUCAAGUUUACAUAUACCCACAUAGAGAAAGAAUCUUGGAUAUGUCCAAACGUGCCCGAUCCAAUAAUGACGAACCUGCCUCGAAGCGGCUCAGGAUUGAAGAAGGCAAUCAGACAUCACCGGCACUAUGCGAUAAACAAGCAUGGGGAAUUCUCCAACAGUUCCUCACCACCGAUAUGACGAUGCCUGAAAUGGAUAAUACUCUGCCGAUGAUUGGGUGGAACCCCGACGUGCCUUGUUCUCCUGGCGAAGGAGAUGACAGCGAAUCCUUGGUCAACCUCAACCGACUCAUGGCCAGACACGUACCCCCUGCCCCUCCCUCUCCUGCAUCGAAGACGGUCAACCGCUUGUCAAACUCACGCAGAAAGCGAUCACAUGGACUACGUAAAUCUACCCACAAUCCAUACAUCAUCAUGGAGGCUGAAGAUGAUGAUGAAGAUGGGAGUGAUGAGGAGGAGGCCUGGCGCUCCGAGUCGGAGCAGUUGCAGAAGGCUAUACGCAUGUCAGGACCAUCGGCAAAAGAGAAGUUGGCCAAAAAAAUUGACGACUUAGCCAAUAGGUUCAAAGAGAAUUCGGGCAACUCAUCUCAAUGUCGUCAUGGGCUCACUUCCAGAGCGGCCUUGAUCCCUUUAUCCUCACUUGAAGUUUCGGCACCUUCAAGCAGGAUGUAUUUACUUCACAUUCAAAGAACUGCCGUUGAAUAUAUCGCUGAACACCUUAGGAACCAAAAGUUCUCUGUUACUGUAUCGCCUUGGGUAGCAGGCCAAAUUUACGUAGUCGCAGAUAGCCCCAAAAGCAUCUGUGACUCACUUCCUGCCUCACACGGUCUCGCCGUGAAGCAAUGUCUUCGCAUCACGGAUGCAGAACGUGAAGCCGUCGUUGGACAAAGCUACUACAUGGGUCUCCUACUACAAGAUUUCCACCGCGAUAACCUCGAACUUCUUGCCUCCCCUCAUAUUGACGACAUCCGACUCCAUCUUGAAUCCGGAUGGGACAAACCAUUCCUGAAGAAAACUGUCGCAUCGUUUUCUAUGCAAUUUUUGCGCAUGGGCGAUUGGGCGAGGGUCGUUGAAGGUGCUCUUCGUGGGGAGUCAGGUCAGGUCAUAUCGACGGAUCAUACAGUUGGUUCCGCGAGCUUGGAGUUCGCGUUCGAUGGACGUCCAGAACAAAUAGAGGUUCGUGUUGAAGAAAUAGAGCGCGUAUUCCGGGUCGGCGAUACCGUCAAAGUUGUAGCUGGUCCAUACUUGGGAAUAGAAGGACACAUUAUUCAAAUGCGGCAAGAUGUAUUUGACAUUUGUCAAGAUAUCACCAACAAACAGGUGGAGGUUUCCAAGUACUACUUGGAUCGGCGUCCCUUGAAUCACACCAUGCACUCACAAAUACCCAUGCAACAAUAUCUCGAGCCUCCCCCCGAGUCCGACUCUAUCGAAAUUGGAGAUUAUAUAGAAGUGCUGGAUGGCAGGCACAUGGGGAAACGCGGCGUCGUGGACUGGUAUGCCAAGAGAUCGACCUAUCUGUGGUUCCGGGAUGUCCUCACUCAGGACGGCAGAGAGACCAGCUCUGGACUCUCCAGUAUCUCAGUUCCUGUGGCAAUGGUUCGGCGGACGAGCCUCACCCACACCAUCCAGUAUACGAAGGACAAGGGGUAUGAUGUCAGGCCUGGAGAUGUCGUGACUGUUGCCCGCGGACCGGAGUACCAGGCGAAAGGGGUCGUGCACAGCGUUGAUAUUCCAAAUGCUCAUUUGACCAUAUUAUGCGAUAGUGACCGAUCGCUCCAGCGCACCGGACUCAAACUGCACAAAGUUGCCACCAAGUAUGGAAUGAGACUGAAUGGCGCGAUGCUCGAAGGUCCGGAGUUAACCGCAUUCUGUGAAAUGAGGAAACGAUCAUACUUGGCGCCUCCACCUCGCUCCACCACCCCACCCGUCGAAAAAGAAAAAAUUGCUUCCAGUCCAGUGGUUUAUCUCACAGGUCCCAGCUCAUCGCCAUCCAACGCAUGGUCCACCUGGUCCGAAAGUUUAGAUGUUGAUAAGGCAUAUAACCCUACGUCAACCGCCAAUCCCACCUCUCUGUCAACACACGAUCCCUGGGCUGUCGAUACCCAGAACGCCGAAGCGGAGAAUUUGCCGGACAACAGCCCAAUACCUUGGUUGAUGUCAAAAGACUUUUCAUUGACACUUUCAACGUAUCACGUGUUGUUGAAGGUGUCGCCUAACUUCCUCCACGCUUGUCCCGACUCAUUUUGUGGUGAGAACGGACAGGCACCUGAGGGUCACGUGGCCGCAUUCUGUACAUCCAACGGCGCAGGUGCUGCUAUUGAACACCAUCAUAUCCCCGCCAGUGAUCUGAGCCCAGCUCCUCCAUGCAAGAAAAACCAACAGUGCCUCGUUCUGGACGGGGCUCACCGCGGGGCUCUUGGAACUGUUGUAAAUUGUUGGACCAAGAAAAAGACUGUUGACCUUAGACUUAGCGAAACUGUCACUGUAAAUCUGGGUUUCGAUCAGCUAUGUCUGGUAGAACCUGCAAAACAUAUGAAGUGA